GUCUGGGUGGAUUUUCUAAGAUGAUAAUUUCAGUAUAUUUUUGGGUAUAUAAGUGCUGCUGAUUUCCAAAACAGCUUCAGUUCAUCUCAGACUCUUCACUUUGUGCAAAAUGAACAAACUAUUCUUUGGUGUCCUUUUGUCAAUCCUUGUUGCCUACGGCAGUGUAGAUAGCCAACACGUUGGAUCGCCUUAUCAACUAAUUGGUUCAAAAUAUUAUUAUAUUGAACGAUCGGAAGAGGUCACUUGGUUUGGAGCACUUCAAAAAUGUCAGGCAAUUGGUGGACAUUUGCUUAGUAUCAACAAUCAAGAUGAAUUCGACGCAAUCAAGAGCAAUUUGGAAGUGGAAAAGGAUUAUUGGAUCGACAUUAACGAUUUAACUAAGGAGGGAGAAUUCCUUUCGGUGGUUACUGGUCAAAAAGCGACAUAUUUUAAUUGGCAUCAAACUGAACCAAACAACGAUAGUAACAAUGAGAAUUGUGUCGAGUUAAAAUACAGUAAUGACAAGCACCUAAUGAAUGAUAAUGAUUGCCAAAAGAAAGAGUUCUUUAUUUGCGAGCCCAAAGACCAAGUUUGAGUAAACAAAUUGUUUUCAAUAAAUUAAAACGUAUUUCUAUACGCACUAUUUUUUAAUGUA